AUGAGAGUGUACAGUGACUACUGUCGGACGCGCUGGCGUCUACCAGAGACGAGCUACAGCAACAACGGCGAGGCCACGCUGGACUACGGCGGAUGGGAGGCAGAGUACGCCGGCCGCUGUCUCGCCAGCAGCAGCAAUAGUCACUGUCUCUGGCUGGUGGCCGUCGACGAGCGCUACAGCGAGCUGCUCUCCAUGAACAUCGAGAUCCCCGAGCAGAUCCUGAGCCGGACGAGGCGGUUCAGGUUCGAUAUCAAGGGCUGUGACGGCGAUACACACCAUGACCACGGACAGGCGGCCAUCUCAUCGGACGAGUUUCGUGUCUCGACGUCGACGCGGAUAGCAGUUAGAGACGCAGAGGACGACCAGACGCUGACGGUAGGCAGCAAGACCGGCAUCGGGAUAGGCAUUGGGCUCGCCGUUAUUGCCCUCGCGUCUCUCGGGUUCCUUCGUCUCUACCGUCGACGGCGACGGAGAAGAGAGAUCGACUCGUAUCUCGCGGCAUCACGGCCAGCGCAGACAGAAGAAGCAGCAGCAGCAGCAGCAGCAGCAACAACGUCAACAAUGGCACCCCCAGAGACAAUAGCAGAGAUGCCGACGGAUAACGAGACCGUAACACAGUCCGUGUUCGAGAUCGAAGGCCAGGGACAGAAGCUUGGGGAGCUCCAGGGCUCUCUGGCCGCCAGCGAGAUGCCAGCCUCCUCCGCGCACCAGCAGCCAGCAGCACCCGUUGAGCUCCCAGGCAGCAUCCCCAGAACGACAUAG